ACUUCAUAAUUCUCAUUUCAAUAUGAGAGGAGAGCUAUAUACAAUUAAUAUUAUCCGCCAGUAUUUGUACAAUCAGGCAGAUGGCGUGUUGAUGGGCUUGUCCACCGGCAUAUCCACGUGACGGUAUCUAUGCCAAGACCGAUCCAACUUUUUUUUUGGCGUCAACUUGUUGAUUUGCUUGAGUUGCCCUGAAGAGAAUUACCUGCACACCUGACUCUGUUCUACGGUCAAUAUGCCUCAGAACGAGUACAUCGAACGCUGGCAGAAGCAGCACGGCAAGCGCCUCGACCAUGACGAGCGUGUUCGCAAACGUGAAGCCCGCGAGGCUCACCAGCAAUCCCGCGACGCCCAGAACCUGCGCGGUCUAAGAGCCAAACUCUACCAGCAGAAGCGCCAUGCCGAGAAGAUCCAGAUGAAGAAGCGCAUCCGCGCACAGGAAGAGAAGAACGUCAAGUCCUCCGCACCCGAUGAACCCUCCAAGACGCCCCUGCCCAACUAUCUGCUCGACCGUUCGCAGGCGACGAAUGCCAAGGCCCUCUCCAGUGCGAUCAAGGACAAGCGCGCUGAGAAGGCGGCCAAGUUUUCCGUCCCCUUGCCCAAGGUGAAGGGUAUCAGUGAGGAGGAGAUGUUCAAGGUUAUCAAUACGGGAAAGAAAACUUCGAAGAAGUCGUGGAAGCGGAUGAUUACCAAACCGACUUUUGUUGGGAACGACUUCACUCGUCGGCCUGUCAAGUACGAGCGGUUUAUUCGGCCUAUGGGUUUGCGGUACAAGAAGGCGAAUGUUACACACCCCGAACUCGGUGUUACUGUUCAGUUACCUAUUUUAUCCGUCAAGAAGAACCCGCAGAACCCAAUGUACACACAACUCGGUGUCCUGACAAAGGGAACUAUUAUAGAGGUCAACGUGUCUGAGUUGGGACUCGUCACUACCAGCGGAAAGGUCGUCUGGGGUAAAUUGGCUCAGGUCUCGAACAAUCCCGAGAAUGAUGGUUGCGUCAAUGCUGUUCUUCUGGUUUAAACAGCCCUCGAUACCAUUUUAUGCGAUAGAUUUCUAUUUGUUCUAUGUCUGCAAGUGUCUUUGUAUUUACAGCUCUAUUACGGCGGCGUUGAGGAGUGAAAUGUUGAUCAGGAAAAGCACAGUUUUCUGUUUAGAUUAUAACAGGAUCAGCUACAAAUACAACACAUCUGGGCCUGUUAAUUACUCUGGUAUCAUGGCUUCACGGAGAAUAGGGCACCUAAUCAAGCACCCUGGAAAUCCACCAUACCCGGACCAAGUCAAUACAGUGAACCUUAUACCUAGGUACAGCAUCCUAGGCAUCAGCUAUCCAAUAACAAACUGCAAACAUGCACCAGGUAAGCUACCCCAUUGUCUCAGAGGACAAAGGAACCUGUUAGCCAUGAGGACUGGUGAAUGCCCGAAACUGUUUUUCCAAAGAGGAUAUUCUCACCUGUGGAUACGGUUAUAGUAAGGCAGUAUCAGGAUGAGGUAUCUCUCUUCCUUUCAUCCAUUGGAAAUGGGCAUGGUUGUGUGUUGGUCUAUAUGUUUAUUCUAUUCAAUUUUAUAUGUAUGUAGACUGUUUGCUAUGGCUUCCAAGGUGCAUAUCAGAACUCAUCCAAAUGGCCUCAACAGCCUACCAACAUAUCCU